AUAUCGAUAAGAGGAGGAAGGUAAAUGAGAGCAUUGAGUUGACGAUAAAUAAAAAUUUAUAUUUAAAAAGAGGAAGGAGAAACUGAGGGGGAAUCAGUUUGUUUUAAUAUUUUAUGGUGGGAGUUUGUAUAUAAUGUAAUGUAUACAUAUAUACAUUACAUACAUUAUGAAAAUGGCAAUACCGGUGAAUUUAAAAAUGAAAAAAAAAAAAAAAUACAAAAUAUAUCUUGAGGAUCGAGUUUAUCACGCAUCACAAGUUGCAAUAACUCGAAGCAGUUGAGUGUCCUAUUCACAUAUUAAUCAAUAAAUCAAUAAAUAAUUAAUGAAAAAAAAUUUCUUAAAUUUUAAUCAAUUGUAUUUUAUUUAUUUUUAUUUCUUUUGGUUUAUAUUAAUUAAUUUUAUUCAACAAAAUCAAGAAUAUCCUUGAAUCCAAAAUGACGUAUUUACUGUUGUGGAUUGUCACAUUUAUCGCUUUUACACCAAUUGAUGCUGCUGAAUUUAAAAUCAAACCAAAAGACAUUAGAAUAACAAUAAAUCAACAGGCAACAUUCAACUUGACACUCGAUGAAGACAUUAAAGUACCAGUUAAUGUUAGCUUUGAUAUACCUCAUCCAGAUUUAUUAAAAAUUGAACCAAAAUAUUUGAUUUAUCAAAAGAAAAGUCAAGUGAUGAUCAAAGUUUUUGGUAUCAAUCCUGGAUCAUUAGUAGUCAGUGCAAAUGUUACACCAGCAAAUCAAACAAUUUUUACCCAGGCAUUUGUUAGAGUUACCAUUGAAAAAUCUGAUACUCUUUAUCAUAUCAGUAACAUUGUUGGAUGGAUAUAUUUUUUAGCAUGGAGUAUAAGUUUUUAUCCCCAAAUAUACAGCAAUUACAAACGUAAAAGUGUUGUUGGUUUAAAUUUCGAUUUUGUGUCAUUAAAUAUCGUUGGAUUUCUCAUGUAUGGAUUAUUUAAUUGUGGACUAUAUUGGAUACCAGAAAUUGAAGAAGAAUAUUUUAAUAGAAAUCCAAAAGGACUAAAUCCAGUUCAAUUAAAUGACAUAUUUUUUUCUCUUCAUGCAUUUGCAGCAACUGCAUUUACAAUUGCCCAGUGUUUUAUUUACGAGACUGGUGACCAACGUGUCUCGACAACAGCCCGAAUAAUUCAUGGAAUUUUUACAACAAUUAUUUUGGUAUCAGUGAUACUUUCAAUAAUUAAUUAUCUAACAUGGCUUGAUUUUUUGUACUAUUGUAGUUAUGUUAAGCUAGCAAUAACCCUCAUAAAAUAUGUACCACAAGCUUACUAUAAUUAUCAAAGAAAAUCAACUGUCGGCUGGAGUAUUGGAAAUAUAUUUUUAGAUUUUACUGGUGGAAUGUUGUCAAUGCUUCAAAUGAUUUUAAAUGCCUACAAUUACGACGAUUGGUGGAGUAUCAUUGGUGAUCCAACGAAAUUUGGUCUUGGAUUUUUUUCCGUAUCAUUUGAUAUAUUCUUCUUGAUUCAACACUACGCUCUUUACAGGCAUAACGAAGAAAAAGUGAUCGACAUCAAAGGAUAAAAAUAAAUAAUAAAAAAAAUUUAUAAAUAUAAACAACUAGUGGUUCAACUCGAUAUCAACAUUUGCAAUUAAUUUUUUAUUUUUUUAUAACUUUAUUUUUUUGCAUUAUUUAUUCAUUUUUUUUUUCCCCUUUAUUUUAAGUUCAUUUUUGUUAAUAAUUUCACGAUUACAUUGCAUGACAUUUGGGUUAAAAUUUAAUUGUAAAUUUAUAAUUUCAUUUGUACAAAAAAAUAAUAAUAGUCUACGAAAUUAUCAUGUUAUUUAUUAAAUAGAAAAUUUUUUUUCUCAAUGAUUUUUUUGUACAUUAAUAAAGUAUUAAUUUUCUUAUUUUUUUUUUUCUUUUUUAAUAAAAACAAUUUGGUAGUUGAUUAUUUGGAUUUUAUAAUGACAAUUAUUUUACUCCAUGUCAAUUAUUUUUGCACGUUGCAUGAUAUUAAUUAUACAAUUUGCAUGAAUUAUUAUUAUUUUGUUAUUAUUUCGCUCAAAUUUAAUAUUGUUAUCAUUGAUGAUAACUAAAUAAUUGAAUUUUAAUUAUGAAAAUUUUAAAUGGAAAAAUUUCACAGAGAUCGUAAUGAGUACUUGGACAUUCAGGGUGUCUGUCAAGAGCAACGUCAAACAGAAGAGGACAACAAAAAAACUACUUAUCCAUAACCAGUGAUUAAAAUAAUUAUUCCCAAAAAAAA